AUGAUGAUAAGGGCGCUGCUUAUCUGUGUGGCAAGCUGCCUCCCGGUGGUGACCAGCAAAGACAUCAUCAAUCGCUGUGUCCUGGCCAAAGUGUUGUAUGAGGAGGACUUGGAUGGGUUCGAAGGCUACUCCCUGCCUGACUGGCUGUGCUUGGCUUUUAUAGAAAGCAACUUCAACAUAUCAAAGGUGAGCGAGAAUGUAGAUGGCAGCUUCGACUACGGCAUCUUCCAGAUCAACAGCCAUUUCUGGUGCAAUGACUACCACAGUCAUUCAGAGAACUUCUGCCACAUGGACUGUCAAGAACUGCUGGAUCCCAACCUCCUCCCAUCCAUCCACUGUGCAAAAAAGAUUGUAUCUGGAUCAAAAGGGAUGAGAAACUGGGUGGGAUGGAGGCUGCACUGCUCAGGACGGCCACUGUCCUACUGGAUGACAGGAUGCCGUCUGGGAUGA